GAAUGCUGGUGGGUGGCCUAUGCUUUUCCACGUGGGGUAACAGAGGAAUGUAUGUAGGUAUUUUAAAUGUAAUGGUAUUCAAAUUAUAAUGAUCCAAUCUUUGAAUCAUAUGAAAUUCCAUUUCUCCGCAAAAUCAAUAAUUUGAUAAUAUGUAUUAAUAAUGAAGUUAUUUAUUUAAAAGGAGAACAAAAAGUAUCAUCAAACAUCAAGAAGUGUACAGAUUAUCUAUUUCACUUUCAAAACUGAUCGUACUUCAUUCAUGUUGUGUCAUAUUGGUUUGUCACUAUCAAUUGAAUUAUUUCGUUGCUCCUUUAUGUGUAAUGUUUAUAAAUAAACAUUUAGACUGUUCGUAAAUGAAGUAGUAUAUCGAAACCAGAGUGAAAAUCAACAUUGGGAAACGGGUACACUCACCCGAUAAAACCCAAAUGAAACGAGAUACAUAUAUAACGUUUCAAGACUCACUAUGACCUAACAAGCUAACGAUAAUCUUUAAGAAAGUUACUUGGACAGAUUCUCCUUUAUACAUGAAAUGUACUUUAUCAGCACAUACGUAUUACACAGUAUAAUUAUAAAUCUUUCUAGCAUGUUAAGGAAAUAUUAGACUAGUGGAUUUGUUUAAAUUUAUGCUGUUAGUGUUACUUGAUAGAAGCAAUGAAUGCUUUAUAGUUAAAAGUAUUGAAAACAGAACACCACAAAAAUGACUACUUAUUUAGAAUAAUAUAUUUAAAUUGCUGAAAUUCAUUUUUACGAUUAAACUUAACAACUUUGUUGACUGUUACGAAAAUUAAAGAUAAAAAGUCUGAAUUACAACAACCGACUAUUAGCUAAUAUUGGUUUGAGGUAAUCCAUAAAAGCGUAAAAAAACUGACAACAUGAAGAAUAUUGAUUCCAUAUUGCACCAUAAUGGAUGUGUCGAGAGCAGACAAGUUCGGAUAAACCCAAACAUAAGAUGCAUAUAAUGUGUUACGUUAUCGAUAAGAUAUCACUGUAAUAUGAUUUUUCAGAGACGCUAGAGAUCAUGUUCAUACCUGUUUGCAAACACCAUUUAUUAAUCAAACGCGUAAGAAGAUGGAAAUAAGACAAGAAUAAUUAAUUUCAAGUUUUUAAAAAUGAUUAGUUGUAUAAUCUUACUUAAGAUAUUUUCAGACUCAUGAGAUCUGGCUCAACAGAAACUAAUUACAAUGGGGUUACUACAUUGAAAUCUUAUUACCAAUAUUCUGUCAUAAUGUAUAUUUAUUGUCGUUCAUUGAAACUAGCUAUUAAGCUUUUCAAUGAAAAACCGAGUAAUAUUUACUAAAUCAAUUCUAUUUAUAAAAUAAGUACUCAGAAGAGUAUUAGAAGGCAGUUAUAAAUUAUUCAGUGCCGCAAGUUAAAAAGUAUCAACUAUGAAAUUAGAACUUAGUGAUAGGAAAUGGAAAUUUAUCGUCUUUCUUUGAAUUUCGAACAUAUUAAAGAGAAAGAACUGAACAGUUCCAACGGAGAGUUGAAGUUUCAAGAAUAAGUAACUGUCUCCGAAUAAAGAUUAAACAUUAUAAAUUGGUAUUCUAAUUUAUAUAAAUUUGACAUCUGAACAGAUAUAGAAUAUGUUGAGGUUUAAUUGAAUGUAACAUUAAUCAAUCGGGUUCAGGUACAAUAAGCUGAAGUUUGAAUAAAAUAUGUAUUGUAUCUUGUAACUACUGAAAGCAGACAGAGAUAAACAAACAGACAAGAAGCAUUUACAUCAAUGCUAAUAAUUUUCACACUAGAUAGACAGAAACAUAGCUCACCUCAAUAGAUACUUACCAAAUGUAUUUUCUCAUAACAAAUAGCAGUUUUUCAAAAAGUAUCCUUGUUGUUGCAAUACAAAUUCCUGAAUGUAUACAGAGGUGAAUUGCCGAAAAAGUCUCAAAAGUCAUUAAUAAAAAAGGUUGAAAGUGUAAUUUCUAGAGAUAGGAUAACAAUAACAAUACGACAAAAUACAUAUUCACUAUCAUAUUACUAUCCUUAACAAGGAAGGAUUUUCCAUCUUGUGUAGCUAUUGUCUAUUCACUUAAUUAAAUGAAUAAAAGAAGUAAUAGCCAGUGUAGAGUCUGGGAAGAAUUAGUGUUAACCUAAGUUUUCAUAUCACACCAGCACAGAGAGAUGAAAGUAACAAGAUGAGUAAAAAAGCGGUUGAGUUGUUAGUAAAAUAAAUGAUAGUUAGAAAGAUCAAACACCGGAAAUAUGUUUCGAAAAGACAAAAUGAAAAGAAGUUAUUUAUUAGACAAAAUUGAAACUAAAGACGUAGUGGUUGAAAAGAGUGGAUAUAUCUGAGUUAUUGUGACCGAUUCUUAUUCAUAUCACUUAAAGUCUUCCAACACUGAUCUCGGUUACCGUAUGGACCUCAACCAAAUAGUAUGCAACUACUAACGCAACACAGCCAGAAAGGUAAUGAUUUCAUGAACUCGUACCAUGUCUUGGUUUGGGGGGCAACUCACUCCUACUCUAGCCAAUAUUGUACGUUGAGAUAGACAGUUGCCGGACAUAUAAAACCCAUAUUACAGCUAUUUUAGUUACUAAAGUCAUAAUCCUAAAUAUUACUACAGGAUUGCUUCAUUAUUCCGCGAUAUUUAGGAGAUAUUCAGAAGACAAUUGUAUUAAAAUACCUGCAACCUCACCAUGUGGGAAGAAUACGAUUAACUGAAAAGUUAUGUUAAAUCGAUUUUAUACAGUUAAGUAAUCUUUUGUAUAGACAGGGUCUCGAAAUAUCAUUUUCUGCAAACACUGCUUUUUUCUAAACUGGAAUGAUAGGAGUAAAUAGAGACUAUCAUAACAGUGUUACAUGUCUACAAAGUAAUUUAAACAUCAUUCAGUGUUUCUGAUAAGUAGAUAAUGAUCUUAUUAUAUUUAUUCACCUUGACUGUAGAGAUCUGAUGCUAUAACUUCUUGUAAUAUUAUUUUCAUGUACUUUAUUCAUAAUUUAUGAUAAUCUAAAUCACUUUUCUAAACUAUCAAUUUACUCAAUAUCACAUCAUUUAACUGUAAAUAUUUUUAUAUAUUGUUGAAAUCAUGAGUCAAUUGAACCUAGACCAUAGAAAACCUGGAAGCACUGGACGGCCGUUUCAUCCUAUUGUGGGACUCUUCAGCAGUGCGCAUCCACGAUCCCGCCUCGCGAGAUUCGAACCCAGAGGAUAUUCAUUUUAAAAUAGGUGAAAAUUUUUUUGUGAUUGCUUAUAUUGGAAAAUUAGUGUAGUGGAUGAUUAAGAACUUGGCCAGAAUAUGGGGAAAGAAAAAUACGUAUAUAACUCAAACACUUAUGAUAUUUAAAUCAAUGAUUAAUUACUUUCAUUCACAAAAACACUUUUCGUUUAUUUAGCUUUAAUUUUUCAGAUAAGUGAUAUGAUUUAUAUGGAGACAUAUGUACCAUAUAAAGCUUAUAAACAUUUUAAGGACUAUCACAGAUAAAAUCGAUUGAUAAAAUAAUUCAAAAUUCAUCAUUCAUAGUAAGAUUUACGUACUGGUUGUUUAAUUCAGAUAAAGUGAAUUUGAAUUUAAAGCUCUCCACAUGCUUAAAGUUCAUUUUCUAUGGAGGUGUCCACUCAAACUUUGAAAAACGCACGUAUAGAUUAAUCAUCCCUGUCAUGAGAUAAACUCAGGCUUUUUAUAGACAUAUAGAAUUCUUUUAAUCAUUCCCUUAUCGUAGGUCAGCUUCGUAUAUCAAAUAACGAAUUCUGAACAAUGUAAAAUUAAAAUCAAAAGAUGCUUACCAAAAACGGACGGUUGUAGAUAAGCAAUGAAAAUCAAUCACUGGAAAUUUCAGGUUAUCGAUUUAUCAAAUAGCAUUCCUACUACUUAUAAGUAGCUACGUAUGGUUAACGGUAUUUGAAUUCUUAAUCACAAGGCUACUCUAAGAUUCUUUCAGAGAUAAGUGCUUGCCUAAAGUCAUGGUCAUAUUAAUUUAAUAUCUAAGGUAUGAUUAAAGGAAUGAAAAGAACUUACCAAUACACCAUAAUAGAGAUAUAAUCUUCACUGAUACUUAUAUGCAAAAAAGAAAUGUGAUGAGAUUCCUUUUAUUUCAAAAACAGACAUGUUUAGAAGUAAGAAAUUGUUAACUUUGAAACUUAUGACAAUAUGAACAUUGAUACUCAAAUUCUGGAGCCCAUAAAAAAAUUUAAAAAAACUUCCAUUAAGCUGAGAGCUAUCAAUUUAUAAGUCUAAAAAUAAUGAUAUUACCAUGGCAGCUAUUCAAACAAAUAAUAUUCAAACAAAUAAUUUUCCCUAAUGUUGCUAAAUAAUGGUAAAAUCAACUUACUGUAAAGGUAUUUGAAUCAAAAUCACGAUAGUAGAAUAUAAGUCACAACACUUCACCUUUCCAAAACAUAUAUUCGAUAGUGUGGAGCCUGUGACCAGGAAAAGACCAUGAAUAAAUUUGUGCUUUUUAGUAAAGAAUGAACAUAUUCCGUCCUAGAGGCCAUAUUAAGAGAUGUGAUUGAUUGGAGGCUCAUAUAGAGUGAAGGCAGUAUGCGAAGAAAUUAUUGCUUCAAUUAGAACUUAAAACUUGUAUUGUUGGCAAGAUAUAUUGUUUCUGCAUAUUACCUAUUGCUAAUAAACUCCAUAAUUUAAGAAAAAACAAGCCUUUUACUAAAAAACAGCGUGUUUAUUAAAUGUCGCCAUAUGAGCCUCUGCUUUAAAUUUUGACCAAUCAGGAUUCAAUAUUGUCAGCUUGAUAUAAUAUAUAACGCAGUGUCAUGCAAUCGUAGCAUUAGGAACGGUACGCUUUAUUGUGUGCGUUGUGGUCGGGUCGCUGUGAUUGGCUGGUUCGUUCGUAUGACCUUGAGCGCUAGCGAUGACAGUUAUUGUUUUUCUGCUUGACAACAGCGCAGCAAUGAACCAGCGCACUUUUCAAGGUACUACGUUACUAGACGUUGCAAAGUCUGCAGUAGAGAUUUUCUUCAAAGUUUGUUUGUGGAAUUAUCUUUAUUACACUAACUGGUAGAUAAGGAUGAGCAAAUCAAGAGUAGAUCGUUAUUUUGUGCUUACUCUCAAUUCCGAUAUAAGUUAUGUCAAACUUACCGGUUGGAAACAGAACGUUGAUCUUCAGUUACUUCAUUCUGCCUUAAAUAAUAUAAAACCAGAUGGUCUAAUAGACUUGUCAACUGGCAUUCAAAGAACAUUCCGAAUGUUAAACAUAAAUAGAUUGCAACUCGGACUGGAAAAUUAUGGGAUGGUAUUUAGCAUUUAUCAGUUGAUAUUUUUUAAGGGAAUUUAUCCAUCAUGUAUUGAACCCUCUGUGAUAAUAUGUAUUACUUGUAGCAUAGGGUCAUGCAGUUUCGAUGGUCAAGUUUUCAAUGUAAGUUUGACAUAAUUCCUUAAUUAUGCUAAACAGGAUGCAUCUACAACUUCCAUAGAAUCUGCUGUUCUUGGAAAUGUUUUGACAAAAGAGACUUUUCGUUGGGAUUACCGCAUGUAUUCUCUGGUACUUCGUUUUCCAGCAUUUGUCAGUAAUAUUCAUGCUGGUAACUCCUUAAGAUCAGAAACAAACUCACCGCUUAAAAAACUUGCGGAAAAAACUGGCGGUGAAAGUUUUGAUGUUUACGACGGUCGGGAACUCCACCAAUGUCUCGACUCUCUUGUUACGAAAUGUCAACCUGGCGUGGUUUUAAAAUUACGAAGGUCUACUGAUUGCGUUGAUACGGUUUGUCAAGAGAAAUUUGUAAAGCAGUUGAUGUCAGUUAAGUUAAUGGGAAGAUCAUCGUCUUGGCCUAUUCCAGAACAAUUUUGGCCUGAUGAUGAGAUGCUAGCAUCACAGUUGCCACCUAGAAGUGCACAUCCUGAAAUCCUUGUAUCUAAAGUUCCUGUGGCGGAACCUGAAUUGCCCGAGUAUUUUCCCGUCGACCGUUACGAGUUGACUCCGUCACAUCUUACGAAAGAGUUUCUAAAUUCAUCGGAGCACAACAUGGUGUGGCGUUGUUUCAGCUAUGGUAUCAAAAAGAGUCAGAAUUCACCGUUUGGUUAUUUAAAAGCAUCAAAUGAUCUACAGUCAGUACAUCUACAUAUACUCCCUUACAAUUAUCCUGUAUUUCUUCAGUUACUUGGUGAUAUAUGUGAUCAUAAGCGUAUGACGGAAGCCUGGGGUCAUCAGUUUGUGAACUAUCUAGGAACUAUACCAAAAUAUUACUUCAUGCCCCUAGCGAAGGCGUUUGAACGAAUAGGGUUUGCCGGGAUGAUUAAGCCCGAAGCUAUUGAUCGUGCAUUACCUUAUCAACUGAAACAUUCUUUGCAAAAACUUCGACAUUCAGCUAAAGUUGAAUACGAUAACUUCGUGCGUAUGACACAAACUGACAGCCCCUCAAACUCAACUGUUACUUUACCUUCAGCUUUAUUACCUUUGCCUUUGUGGCCUUUACGUGAAUUUAAAUCGAUGUAUAUCAAACCCAAGCGUCUUCAUUCAAAUUCUCUCCGACCUUGUAAUAUAUCUCGAAUCAAUUUGCGCGUAGUUUUGGGAAAAAUGAGGCAUGAACUUGAUAAUCUCCUAAAUGGUUCAUCUAACAUCCGAGCAGUUGACUUGAUUCAUCAACAACCAGUCGCCUUAAUGGGUGAUUAUGUUAAUUACAGAAAUUCCCGGGAGGUCGAAACACCUUUGAGGGAGAUAAAUCCAACUCCUGAGCGGUCGGAUACAUUCGGAAACCCUUUUCGACGGAAAUCUACAUCCUUCGUCGCGGAUGAAGGUUUCGUUGAUGAGAUGGAUUCGUUGCAGGUUAAUUCUUGCAAUCCGAAUACAGUUCCGCUCAAUUUCGGGCGAAAAAAGUCUGCACAAAACACCAAAAAUCCUCAAGCAAGAGUCAAAGGUCCAUUACCUCCGUACAUUAAUCACCUGAAUUGGCGUUUUUUCUCGCCGAAAUCUUCACCGGUCUCAUCGCCUAGAUCUUUGGAUAAUACCUUCAGUGAAGAAACACCAAACGCAAUUUCGUCUCCCAUGUAUACUGACGACUCUCCUUCCUUAAUUAACCACUCAAGAUUUGCUAACCAAGCAGUUAUAAAAAAACCAAGUUCUUUUGAUACUAGAAAUACGUCGUCACUGGAAAGUUUUAAAUUAAACAAGAAAAUUAUGUUCGAAUUAAUUCAUUUGGUCCGACAGCCUUAUACAGUAGAUGCAGUACUAUUAUUUGACCGCAUGAAUGAACUCACUGGUUCAAUUGGGCAAAGAGAAGCUGUGGUUUCGAUGUUGAUGUCAGAAGCUUUGAGAUUCAGAAGAUCAUGUUUAUAUGUUUUACUGAGUGAUUGGCGAACAUGGUUGCUGCAAAGUGGCGAUUCGAAAGACCGUAUUAUUUUGCAAAAAUCGAAUCAGGUGGCUGCUAAAAUAAACCAUAUUAAAUUAAAUGGGUGGUCCUGA